UUCUCUCCCUCCAGUGGUGAAAAAUAAAACAAACUCUUAUUCAACACGCACCUUCAUGUCAACUUCAACUAACAUCAACCUCCCCGCUGAGAACAGCACUCCCCCCCUCUCCCCUCCGCCCUCUGAUGACCACCGGGCUGGUAACGACAAUACCCCUCCCAUUGAGGCUGAAGCACCAGACACUCUAUCGGAUGCAGGAGCAACUACAAAAGCGACUGGAAAAGCACCCAGCCGCUUCGACUUCCGCAAGGAAUCAGUUCCGGAGUUGAUUCUCCUGCGUGCUCUGUCAUUGCAUCGACCAUUUAUUGCGCCUCAUGGAAGCGUAGUCGAAACUUGGGGCAAAGUAGUGGACUAUCUUCACGAGUCAGACAGGGUUGAGCGACCGACAAAGCCCUUCUUCACAAACGUGAAGCCACGGACUUGCAAGCUAACGUGGGAGCGACUGGCAGAGGAGCAAAAAAAAUAUGAGGCCUAUCUGGAAGCCGCCACUGGAAUCGCACCUGAGGAGACAGAGCGACGGCAAUUGAUGGAAGAACUCUACCGUCUCAAGCUAGCAAACAAUGAAGCUACAGUCGAAGCCAGACAGGAUCGGACGCGGCAACAAGAAAAUGCUGUUGAAGAGAGAAGGCUUGGCCAGCUGCUCCUGGAUGCGGCCGAGUCUGCGGAGCUGAGACCUCGGAUUGUUUCCGAUAGCGAUAGUGCCGCUCCCCCCACUAGGUACAGCAAGAAGCGGAUCACCAUACAACAAAUCGAAAAACAACAACAGGAGGCUAUUGCACAAGUGAAAGAACAGCGCGAGCUCAUGGCACAACAGGUGGCAUUGCAAAAGGAAGACAUGGAACAUCGAAAAAUGCACGCUCAGCGACAGGAGGAAAAAGAAGCAGCCAGAGAUGUACGACAAGAGCAGAGAGAACUCGACAAAGAGGAACGGUAUGCCACAAGGAAAGAGGAAAAAGAGACGAGAAGGUUGGAAUGGGAGCGCGAGAAGCAAAGACAAGAAGAUAUUAGGGACAGGGAGCGACUAUCCCGACAGGAGGAUCUCGACGAGCGACGGCACAAGGAAGUUUUGGAGAUCUUCAAGCAGCAAUCAUCCACAACUCAACUUCUUGCCCAAGUGAUUAUAAACAUGCAGCAAAAGGCGUGAAUCAACUAUAUAUACCUUUCAACCUCUUAUGCACAUCAAUAAAGAAUGGUUUACCUGCUAAGAUACGUGGCAGCAGAGGGGC